AUGCUCCCGACACCACCAUUGACGCCCAGUAUGGGCACGACGGGCCUCCCAGAAGCGACAGGCGCGGCGGGGUCGAGCGGGCGCCGUCUCAGCGACAAUGAGCUGAGCUACUAUCUCCCUGCUCGGGCUGACGGUGCCAACGACAUGUAUGUCCACCAUGGCCUGCGCGCCUCGGCGUUGGCGAUGAGUCUCGAACGAGUUGACCUCGCAUGGGCCCUCCAGCUUGCACGACAUCCACUGCUCGCCUCGCGCGUGGCUGUGGGCAAGCGCGGAUACAGCGAUGUGUGGUUUGCGUACACGCCCCCGACAGACGUGGCCAUGGCGCUGGAGGCUGCUGCCGGGCGCCUGCAAUACCUCGAUCCCAAGAAGGGCGCGGCCGACGUUGACCUCGUCGAUGCGUACCUCAACAAGGGACGCACGCUGUCGGACGACAUGCUCGCGUGUCUCAUUGUGCGGCGGGGUACGCGGCAGGUGGUUGCUGUGGGCCCCAACGGUCCAACUGCGAGCGAUGGGGACGACCAGAUGGUCGACUACGAGGUCAUGCUGUGCACGACGCACUAUGUCGGUGACGGCAUGGCGCUGCAUACGUUCAUGAACCAGCUGUACGGCCUGUUAGGUGGCGACCUGUCCGACGGCGAACUGCAGACCAUGCUCGAGGCGGAGCUGCUCAAGCACAACGAGAUACCGCCCCCGCUCGAGGACAGGCUGGGCCUGAGCCACUUCCAGACAGCGGUGGGCCACGUUGCACAGCGCACGGCAGACGCAAACUUGCUCGGCGGCCAGGUGCUCCCUGCCGUCAAGGGGAGGGAGAGGGAGACCAUCGUGCCCACCAAGGCGUAUACUCCCGAACAGACAAAGGCCGCGCUUGCGCGGUGUAAAGCGCACGGCGUGACCAUUGCCCAUGUGGUAUUUGCGCUCUGUGCUGUGGCGUGGUCUCGUCGACAGGGUGUGGAUGCCACUCAGCCAACGAUGAUGUACUCGGCGCUCAACAUGCGUCCGCACAUGAACGCCACACCGACGCCGCCAUCCUUCUUCCACCUCGCAGUGGGAUACUUCAACAUUGUGCUGCCGACACUCACGCUCGCCUCGGAGCGCUCCCCAGCGGAGAUGGUGUGGUAUCGCGCCGCGAGCACAAAGGCCCAGACGGCCGCAGCGGCCAAGUCGCCCCUCGCGGCAGCCAUGUUCCGUGCCACGGCCAGCAUGCGUGCCGCGCGUGCACGACACUGGGCAUGUAUCGACGACGCAGCAGCGGCCACCGCGGCCACUCCUGCCACCCCUGCUGCCACUGCCACCCUUCACCCGCCAACGCCCGAAAAGUCGGAUGACAGCCACACAGACACCGACGACGAGGUCCUGCCCCCCGCCCCGGCUGGACGCGCGUUCAUGGGCCUGUCGAUGCUUGGCAACCUCGACGCCAUGUACAAGCACGCGUCGUUCCCCCGUAUCCGGAUGUACGCGCUCACGACCGGCAGCAGACAGCGUCCUGGUGGCCUGCUGCUGUUUGCGUACACGCUUGCAGGCAAGCUGUGGCUGUCGCUCGGGUAUGACCACCACGGGUUUGAUACGGGCGUCAUUGAGAGUUUCUGGGCCGACGUCCUGGCCCUCGCCGACGAUGUGUUCCUUGGCCCCGAACAGCAGGUGUAA